CUCCUCAGGAGAGAGAGAAGGAGCGAUAUGAAGACCACACUGUGGAACCAUACCAGCUUGUGGCUGCAGCUCGUAAUGAAUACCUGCAGAGGAGACAGGAGGCCAACCAGUACAAGCUGAGAGCAGAGAAACAGCUGGGUCUGCGUCCGUGUACAGCUGAGAGCAACAGGAAGUCUGGUGGUCAGGAGCAGGAAGUACGACCUGAACAAAAACAACAUGCACCUCAGGACAAGAGGCAGGAGGGACAGCAGGACUACCUGCGUCAGCUGGAUCUCAUCAGACAGCAGUAUCAUCAUGAGAUGAGACAGAUGAGGCUGAGAGCUGAAGUAGAGCCUCAGCCGCAACACAAACACCUAACCUUUGUGGUGGAGAAACCCAGAGACCCAGAACCUGAGCAGCAGAGAGCUCCACCUGCACAGGACAUGGAUGCAGCUCUGAAGCAGAUCAGAGAGGAGAACAGAGAUCAGAGGAGAGCGCUGGAGAGAAAACACAAAGACAAGAAAGGAAUCAUGUUUGAGAUCCGGUUAGAUGAGGAAGGCAUGAAAGAGGAUGCAGAGAAGGAGAAAGAGGAGGGAAGCGUGGAUCAAGAGGAGAUGAAAGUGGAUGAUAGAAGACAAAAGAAGGAGGAGGAAGUGGACCCUCUGAACCAGACUCUAAGCUUCCAGGAGGGGGAGGAGUUGAAGCUCAGAGAUUGGUCGGAGGGGAGGAGGGGGUGGAGCCAGAGGAGUCCAAAAACUUUGCUGGACGCACUCGGCAACAUGGACGUCAACUCUGCCUACAGCAUCGCUGCUGCGGCUGAACAAGGUGAGGAGGAUGCCGGUCGCAGACAGUGGGUCGACAACCCCCCCAACACCCUGCUGAACGCUCUCGCUCAGGCUGAACUCACAUCAUCAACUCUGGACUCAGUGAAUGCAGAUUCAGAGCCAGAGAAGGACAGAGCAGAAGAGGAGAGGAAGAAGGAGGAAGAGGAGGAGGAGGACUCUGAUGUGGAGAUGGAUGAAGAUCGUCUGGAGCCGAGGUCAGACGAUGAUGACACCAACUUUGAGGAGUCGGAGGACGAGCUGAGAGAAGCGGUGGCAGACUCCAUGAAGAACCUGUUUGUGAUGGAGGACGAGAGCUCGGACGAGGCAGAGCACACAGAGGAGAGAGCAGCGGUGCAUGAUGGGAUGAACGAGAAUGAGGCUGGAGGAGAAGUGAGCAGUGCGGCAGACUCUCAACAGAAUCAGCAGGAAGUUGAAGAGUCAUGUGCAGACAUUGUUUCGCCUGAGCACGAAGAAUGUGACGAUCUGAUGUUUUCACCUGCCACACUUUGUCUGACUCUAUGAAGAAUACAAAAAGACAGCUUGAGGGAGCAGUUCAAGCAUGUCUGAA